AUGCAUUCUUUCGAUGUUUUAUUUUCCACGCUGGCGGCUUUGGCUGCAAGUGUCGGCGCGACACCUUUGAACUCUCGUCAAGCAGCUUCAUGGCCCGAUCCCGAAGCUUGUACGGGCAAUUGUACCUAUGUCCACGAUCCUAGCGUCAUCAGAAGAUCGGACGGAACAUGGUUUCGGUUCUCAACUUUAGGUAAUAUCGCGAUUGCAACGGCUCCAUCUCUUACCGGACCAUGGACUUAUGAGGGAGCAAUGUUGCCAGAUGGAAGCUCCAUCGAUGUCAUUGCGGGCCAGGGACUCUGGGCCCCUGAUGUAAGCCUCCUAGACGGCACUUACUAUGCAUACUAUGCAGUGUCCUCCAGCGGAAUUCAAACGUCAGACAUCGGGGUCGCAACCUCCUCUUCAGCAGAUGUCGGUACCUGGACCGACCAUGGCAGCAUAGGAAUCCCCAAGUCAUCAGCGUAUAACCUCAUCGACCCAAAUUUCUUCCAACAAUGCGAUACCUGCCAGAACUACUUUUCCUUCGGGUCUGCAUGGCAGAUGAUCUAUCAAACGGAGCUGAAUACGGACUGGACAUCUUGGUCUGGCGAGACACCUAGCCAGUUGGCGUACAAUGGAAGCGGAAGCACGUUUGAAGAAGGCAGUUUCCAGUUCUGGUGGCCGGUCGAUGGUACGGACUAUUAUUACUUGUUUUUCUCGAGUGGAGCUUGCUGCAACACGCCACCGAAUCUUGCGCCGGCGGGAGAUGAGUACAAGAUCAUGGUGUGCCGAUCUACCUCACCAACGGGCCCGUUCACGGAUGAGGCGGGGAAUAACUGCCAGACUGGGAAUGGGGGGACUCUUGUUCUUGGGAGCCAUGGUAGUAAUGUAUACGCACCGGGUGGUCAAGGUGUAAUCGUUGACCCGGAUUCUGGUCUGAUCGCAUUGUAUUAUCACUAUGUGAAUCCGACAAUUGGCUACAAUUUCGAUCAAUUCCUCUUUGGGUUCAAUUACCUCGACUUCUCGUCUGGGUGGCCAGUCGUUACCUCCUGA